CCAAAGCAUCAAAAUUCCUUGAUUGCUUUCCAAGCAAAUCCCUUUGAUGACUUUCCAGAUUAUUUCACCCUUUUCUGCCUAUUUUCCCAUUCUGUUAAUGUAAUCUCGUUUAUUUCUCUAUAUAUAUACACACGCAUCCAAACAUGUAUGAAUAAAAUAAAAUUUUGCAUUAAUCAUAUUAUUAGUAUGAGCAGUGAAACGUUAAUGGAGAAACCGAGUGGAAAAUGUCGAUGCAGAACCCAAUCCUGGUACAUUGUUUUCAUCUCUUUCAUUUUAUGGUUCACGCUCUACAUGAUUUAUUUGUAUUCUUCUUCCGUAACAUUUAGCAAGAUGGAAUAUAGUUUAACACUCAACAAUGAUACGGCUCUUUUUGAUUCAUCCGAGUCUUUUCUCGAUGUUGUUAGAGAUGACGAAACUGAAUAUUCUUCUCGUGCUGGAGAUAUUAAUAUUGUAGAUGAUGUUGAAGAUGGAAAUGAUACAGAGGAAAAACCUGUUGACAAGUUGUCCGAGAAUGAGGAAAUUUACCAAGUGAUUCAGUCGUUGGUUGAAGAUCAAAAUGAAACUGAACCUGUUGAGACCGAGACGAAUUCCGGCAAUGAAAACAGAGAUGUGGCAAGCGAUAAAGAGGUUAAAAACAAGGAUGAAGAUGAUAAAACUGUGAAAGACAAAGGAAAGGAAAAUCAUGUGACCGAACAAAAGAAAGGGACGGAAAAUGUUGCAAAACAAAAAAAGACUGCAAAUGUUUCAGAACGACAAAAGGAAGAUAAUCCUGAAGAACAACCUGUUGUAACAUUACCGAUUGUUAAGAGUCAAAUCGAGAGAACAAGGCAUUCAAGGAGAGAAACCAGGAAUAAACCUGUGGAUUCAUCUGAUCCUGUCAAGGAGAAAAGGAUUGAGAAAGCUGUUGUGGUGCCGAGAAGAGCACGAGCUAGAUUAGAUCCAUGUUCAGGACGGUAUAUAUACAUUCAUAAUCUUCCUAGGAAAUUUAACCAAGAUUUACUCGAAACCUGCCGGUCACUUAGUUUCUGGACGGAUAUGUGUGAAUGUGCAUCAAAUCUAGGCCUAGGUGCCCCUCUUCCUCCUGAUGACAAGCUCUAUUCAAGAACAGGCUGGUUUAAUACAAACCAGUUUUUUUUAGAAGUCAUUUUUCACAACAGGAUGAAGCAGUACAGGUGCUUAACUAAAGAUCCAUCGGUUGCUUCAGCUAUCUAUGUUCCGUAUUAUGCUGGCCUUGAUGUCGGUCGUUACCUUUGGGAUCCUGACGGGUUUAUGAGAGACUAUGAUGCAGUUAAUGUUGUCAAGUGGCUUGCAUCUAGACCUGAAUGGAAAAGAAUGUGGGGUAGAGAUCAUUUCCUGGUUGCAGGAAGGAUUAACUGGGAUUUCAGGAGAAACCCCAAAAACGAGUCUGAUUGGGGCAAUGAGCUUCUGAAUUUAGAUGAAGCGAGGAACACAACGACGUUGGUACUCGAGUCAAGUCCAUGGAACUACAAUGACUUUGCGAUACCAUAUCCAACGUACUUUCAUCCUUCAACAGACAGUGAAGUGUUUCAAUGGCAGAACAGGAUGAGAAGACUGAAAAGGCGGUUCUUGUUCUCUUUCGCAGGUGCACGAAGGCCUGGUCGCCAUGAAUCUAUCCGCAACGAACUCAUUGAUCAAUGUCUUGCUACGAGAAGGAGAUGCAGGUUCCUCGAAUGCGAUAAGACACAGAAGUGCCACAAUCCAGCUUACGUGCUGAAAUUAUUUCAAAGUUCCAUCUUCUGUUUACAACCUUCAGGGGAUUCCUACACUAGGAGAUCGAUAUUUGAUUCAAUCGUAGCUGGUUGUAUCCCAGUUUUCUUCCAUCCAGGUUCAGCUUACGUUCAAUAUAUAUGGCAUUUCCCAAAGGAUUACAGGAAAUACUCGGUAUUUAUACCGGAAAGAGAUGUGAAGUCCGGGAAAUCCAACAUCGAAAGAAUAUUGCAAAGAAUUUCUAGAGAAAGAAGAGCAUCCAUGAGGGAUGAAGUCAUAAGCAUGAUUUCAUCGGUGAUAUAUGCAGAUCCAUCAUCAAGAUUGAGGAAAACUGAAGAUGCAUUUGAUCUAACAGUUAAGGGUGUUCUUGACAGAAUUGAGAAAGUGAGGAACCAAAUGAACGAAGGGAGAAUAGUGAAUUAUGAAUUUGAUGAAGAAGAGUCUUGGAAGUAUUUUGUAUGUGGGAAGCUUGGGUCCCAUGAAUGGGAUAUUUACUUCUCCAGAAAAAUCGGUAAACAUGUUCUCUGACUUUGAUCCAUUUUUGUAAAGGGUGAAUGUCAAAAUGUCGAGUAGGAAAAAGUAUUAGCAAAUGAAACUAGGAGAAGACAUAAGAGUAAUUUUGUUUCAAGUAUUGUAAA